AUGCUUACUGGCGAGUCUCGGCCAAUCGAGAAGUAUGCAAAAUCCAGCAUCAUCGCUGGAACAAUCAAUGGUUCGGGAACUCUAAUUGCUCGUGUCACCCGCCUCCCGGGAGAUAAUACAAUCAGCCUGAUCGCCGCCAUGGUCGAUGAAGCUAAGCUGUCAAAGCCACAUCUGCAAGAACUCGCAGACAAAGUGUCUUCGUACUUCGUACCAGUUAUUCUCGCUCUCGCAAUUGUUACUUUCCUGGUAUGGAUUGCUAUUGGCAUAUCAAUGCAAGCCAAACCCGGCUCAGAGGCUGUCGUCCAGGCUAUUACUUAUGCAAUUACGGUGUUGAUUGUCUCAUGUCCCUGCGCCAUAGGACUUGCCGUGCCCAUGGUUGUUGUCAUCGUCUGUGGUAUGACAUCGAAGAGUGGGGUUAUAUUCAAGUCUGCAGGAGCGAUCGAAGUCGCCUACAAAACCUCGCACGUGGUCCUGGACAAGACAGGAACUUUGACCAAAGGGAAUAUGAAUGUCGCAAUUGAGAAUUAUAACGAACAUGGCAGAGACCAGAUGGCCCUCCUAUUGGGCCUUCUUAGCGACAGCAAACAUCCAGUCUCCGUUGCAGUGAAAAAUCAUCUCAAAGAGAAGGGCAUCCUUGCAUCUGCCGUCCCGGGUGCCAUCAAUGUUAUCGGCUGUGGCGUGGAAUCUCAGCUAGAUGGCCAGUCUUUGAAAGCCGGAAAUGCUCGCUGGCUAAAUCUCCCAACAAACAGCUUAGUUCAGCCAGUUCUAUCUCGGGGUUAUACCACAUUCUGCUUCACUAUCGACGGGGUAUUGUGCGCGGUCUUCGGCCUCGAGGAUUCACUCCGUGACAGUGCAGAGUACCUUGUCUCCAAUCUACACCAACGCGGUAUCUCGGUUCAUGUUGUAUCGGGUGACGACGAUGGAUCCGUUAAUAAUGUGGCAACAAAGUUAGGGAUCACCGAAAGUAAUGUGCAUGCACGCAGCUCUCCUGCGGACAAGCAGACUUACAUCAAGAAGCUCAUGGACGACUUCACCGAUACAAAGCCGGUUGUAAUCUUCUGUGGUGAUGGCGCCAACGACGCAGUUGCAUUGGCGCAAGCAACCAUCGGGAUUCAUAUCAACGAGGGCAGUGAUAUCGCUCAAUCAGCUGCCGAUGUAGUGCUUAUGCGACCAGACCUGUCCGGGGUUCUCACGGUUAUUGACGCGAGCAAUGCCUCUGUCCGACGAAUCAAGUUCAACUUCGGGUGGAGCUUUGUUUACAACACCUUUGCUGUGCUUCUCGCUGCGGGAGCCUUUGUGAAAGCUCGGAUUCCACCUGAGUUUUCGGGACUGGGAGAGCUUGUCAGCGUGCUUCCUGUCAUUGCCGCAGCUGUGCUUCUGCGAUGGUCUCAAUUUUGA